AUGGCCCUGAAACGACGAGAUGUGAUCCUCGCCGGCGUCGCAAGCUUUGUCGCAUGGGGGUAUGCCGUCAACUGGGUGCCAGCGCUACGCUGGGCCGGAUACGCCUUCGUCAUAGGACUUGUGCUGCCCAUGCUGGGCCUGAUCGCAGCGCUGGUGCUCACGUCAAGAGGCAGCAGGUAUGGGGAGAGGAAUUCCACGCGCCGUCCGCCGGGCGCAGCUUUUCUGGCGAGGUCGAAAUGGGGUAAGGAAUCCGCGGCGCUGCAAAAGAGACAGUCAUACAAGAAGCAGCCCCUGUACCCCGAGUCUGCGAUUGUGUCUGAGGCGUUGGAUGACCUGUUGGCGUUGAUCCUAAGGGACUUUGUCAGUUCUUGGUACUCGAAUAUCAGCAACAACCCGGUAUUCACGAACGAGGUCGACAAGACGAUCAGGCUGGCAUUGGCUUGUUUGCGGGAUGAGCUUUUGUCAAUCGAUAUCACAGAGGUGGCGACUACACGUUUUGUGCCAAUCCUGACGGCGCAUUUCAGAGAAUUCUACGAGGCAGAGAGGGCCAUAAGAGGGAAGAAUCUGAAUCGCAGUGUGACGGAGUCGGAGGAGUUAGAUCUGGCGAUAGCCGCUAAGUACAGAGAUGGAAAGCUACACCCAGCCGCGUCCCUAGCAUAUUCGGAUACGAAGCUAGUACAGCAGGAAUAUCUACGCAAACUAGUAAAGGAUUUGCUACCCAGGCUGUUGCCAGAACCUGUCCUUGGGAGCCGGGCGGUGGGGGUUCUCAUCAAUGAGCUGGUGGCUUGCGCUGUACUUUCGCCGAUUAUGCAGAUGGUGUCUGAGCCGGAUACGUGGAACCAGGUUAUGGAGAACUACGGACGAUCUAUGCUGCAGGAUCGGUCGACAGUGCGGAAGCUUAGAGCUGCUCUUGAUGAGCAUGCGUCCCCAGCCCCAAGCUCGAAGCGGGCAGCGUCUUUUCCACGUAUAUCCCCCGGGGAUCAUGAGAGAAAGUUCGAGAAGUUUAUCCGUGCUAUUCGGAGAGUCAACAAUCUCUCGGACGCCCGCAGGUUUCGGAGCGAGGUCUCAAGUCAGUUGAAAAGGGAUGCGUUGCAAGAAGGCAUGGAUCCUGUUUACCUCCGCAGGCUGGAUAUUGGAAAGAAAAUUUUAGAUCAACGAGUUCAGCAACUUGCCGCAGGUAGUAGUGAGCGUCUCUUGGAUCCCAGAGAGGUAUCUGGUAAUGGAGCACAAGUGUCGAAGCUUGAGCACGCCGCCUUGGUGGACUUGUUGCAUGACCCAUCUGGGCUAUCUUACUUUAUGGAGUAUAUGGAUAGACAAAGACUAAUGCCUAUGGUCCAGUUCUGGAUCGUUGUAGACGGAUUCCGAAAUCCUCUUGAGGACGAUGUUGCCGAGGAGGAUGAUAUCCCAACGACCAUUACUCCCUGGACCGAUGCUGAUCGAGAUGAUCUCGCUCAAAUAAAUGAGGCAUAUUUAUCAAAGCCUGAGCUGAAGGUGCCCGAGUCUUCAAAGCGAUUAGUACAGGAAUUUUUGAAAGCAGGCAAAUGGGCCACUCCUCGGCAGUAUUUCCUGGCUCGGAGAGCGAUCUUGAAAGCACAAACUUCUGCGUUGGAGGUAAUGCAAGAUAAGCAUUUUCAAGGGUUCAAGAAGUCGGACCUAUUCUACAAGUGCUUAACAUCACAAGAGGCAAUGAAGAACAUUAAUUCGCUUGCUCCACCGGUAGCUCACUCUGGGCUGGAAACAAUACACAAACCGAAUCUCCCAGCCAGAUCGGCAUCAACCCAAGGGCCCCCUUCCAAGCCUGCUCCGCUCCACAGGAUAUCUGCCAAGCUAGUUCCGAGGAGAAACGAGUUUCGUCGAUACGCAGUAUCCUCCACUGACUUGCAAACUACGAAGGAUGAAAAUGGUUUGGAUCCGAUGCCUGCGUCACAAGCUUCCAUUGACGAGGGAUCAUCGCCCCAGAUUGAUGAAGAGGAUUUUGACAGUGAAGCCAUGGCCAAUUCUGUUCACAGUCUUGACCAAGAUACCGAGACGCACGUACCGGAACCCAAUGUGGUACAGGCUAUGGAGGAUGCACUAAACACCAUCAUGGAGGAUAAGCCUGACGAUGAUGAUCUUCGAAAGUCACUUUUCGGGGACGACUACCCUCUAGAGUCGCCGAAUCCCAGUCUGCUGUCUCCGGGAAACAGGUCGGCCAGAAGCUCUGUCGACCAUAAGCGGGCUGACCUGUUUGGGGACAAGCUGGACAAGCAGGAGAAGGCCGAUCUAUUCGGAGAGAAGCUUAGCAAAUCAGGGCUAUUAGAGCGGACUGAAAAGCCAAGUAUUGCCUCUUUGGGCCUGGUCAAUACAUCAUCUAGAAUUGGAGUAUUCACUGACGACGAUCUGUUUCCUGACGAAGAGAAAUUCAUCUCGGAUGAGCAUGAUGACCCGGAAGAUGAGAGAGACAGGGAUGAUGAUGAUGAUGCAGUCCAUGAAGCUGCGCCUGGAGAUUUGGGAUUGGCUGAAGCUAUUACCGCUUUGACUACCGACAUCGAUCGAUUGGUAGCCCAAGAUGCCGUUGUCGACUCGUUGACACGAAAGGCCGAAUUGACGAAUAACAACGCCGAGUUGAGGAUUCUGAAGAAGUCCAAAGCCAGUUUACAGCGGGAGAUCAGGCGAAAGGAGCUCCAACGGCAGCAGUAUGUGAUCCAAGAAAGUGACAACAGUCUUUACGGCCGAUCGACCAUCAAAAUCAAGUCAAUUAUGGUCGGCAGAGAAGAUGAUGGUAGGGAGUAUGCUCUCUACGUUGUCGAGGUUCAGCGCAAAGCAGGGGAGCAAAUGCCAGCUGCAACAUGGACUAUUACCCGUCGAUAUAGCGAGUUCCACGAUCUUCACCAAAGGCUGAGGAUGAAGUACCCUUCCGUUCGGAAUCUUGACUUCCCACGGCGACGCAUGGUUAUGAAGCUCCAAAGUGACUUCUUGCAUAAGCGGCGUCUGGCUUUGGAAAAAUAUCUCCGCGAAAUCCUCCUCCUACCAGAUGUCUGCCGCAGUCGCGACCUCAGAGCUUUCCUCUCACAAAACACCAUAGGCCCAAGCCUCGACGGCCGCCUCGACAACGAAGAUACCAAAAAGGAUAUGAUGACCCGCUUCUACAAUUCCGUUCAGGACGGCAUGGAAGAUAUACUCGGCAGCAUCCCAGUCCUGGACCAACUCUCCCUCGCAGGCCAAAACCUCCUAUCGGCAGCCACUAGCCAACUGAUCACAAUGCCGACCACGAUCAGUGAAGACCCGCUCACAGUCGCAGAGGCCGAAGCUGAGCUAAACGCCUUCGAAGACCGCGAACUUGAGCCCUUCGUAAAGCCCAUCUGCGACAUUUUCCUGGAAGUGUUCGAGCUCAAUCGUGGCAAUAACUGGCUGCGUGGCCGUGCCGUCGUCGUUGUCCUACACCAGCUACUCGGCGGAACAAUUGAGCGGAAAGUCCGCGAGAACGUUAAGGGAUCCGUGUCUGAGGACGCGAUUGUGAAGUACAUCACGCUGCUGAGGGAUUCGAUGUGGCCAGGCGGCAUCAAGAAGGAGGAUGGGAAGCCGAGGACAGUGGGGGAGAAGAGCAAGACGCGGAAGGAGGCGAGCUUGAUGCUGGCGUCGCUGGUGCCGGAUCUGGCGGCCAGUGUGGUGGGCAGGGUCAACGCGCAGGCGGCGAGUAGAAGGAUUUUCGCGACGUUAAAUAAUCCGAGGUUGAAUGCACAUCUCGCCUUCACGCUCCUCGAUGAGAUCAUCGAUGUAAUAUUUGGGGAUGUCCGUACAUAG